UACCAAGGGUUGUGUACGGUCGUACACAUCGCACGACAGGUGCAUCUCUCGCGUGGCAGCCGUAUUAUGUUGUUAUCAAUAUAGCUCAGCGUGUAGAGACGCUGGCUUGCGAAAAUAAUCAAUUAUCUGCUGUGCUGUAGCCAAGACGAUAUAGUACUUUGAUUUCUUGGACACAUAUUAGCAUUUUGUUGAUAAUUACCUCAAGAUGUCGUCACAGGACGUUAUCAAGAGCACGGCGAAGAAGUUAAAAUAUUAUAUGGAGGUGAAACGUUUGGAGGAUGCAUUUGAUCUGUCAGGACCAGACAAACCACAAAGACAUUAUCCUACUCUCAAACCGAGACCCACACUCCUGUACGAUGGUCUUCAUGAUCGAUCGUUGAAGCACUAUUUCAAGAGCCCUGAGGUCAAGAAACACAUGACCCAGAUGAGACCCAGGUCAAGUGCAAUGGCCAGUGAAGACAAAGUCAGGCGAGAUGUAGACAAGUACAUGACCAAAACACAGUACACGAACCCAUAUUCUACCAUCGUCAGACCAAAGGCUACUGCUCCUAAAAAGAGGCGGAGUAACUUUCGUGGCGGCCCUCUCAUGUUAAGGUCUAAACAUGGACCCUACCUCUCUAAGGGAGAAACAGAGAGAUUGGUGAACACUGCCACAAAACUCCUUGUUGCAUCAGAAACCAUUCCAAUUGAGAAUGGAAAGAAGAACAGGAAGUAUUCAGCGAGGGUAUAUUCCACAAGAGAGAUGGGUCCUGGGGGUAGUCUACCAAUCAUCGAAUCAUCAGCUACAUAUCCACCAAGGAGGCCCGACAGGCCCAGGUCUACCUAUGGCAUCAGACCUAAGUCUGCAAUGGCCAUUGAAGAGAGGCCCAAGACCUCAAGAGGAAUCAGGCCCAAGUCUGCAGUGUACAAUCCCAGUACUAAGCGAUAUGGAUAUGACCAGUAUGGGCAGAGGAUCCGUAUCAGGCCUACCCCGCCCCCUAACCACUACGAGGCAUCUGAAUCAGAGACUGAAGACGAUAUAUCAGAAGAUGCCCCAACCAAUAUACUGGUCCCAGUCAGGAGUGGUGCCUCACAGACCCCAGAAUGGCUCAAUAUCCAGAUGUCUAAAGUUGAUAUGGCCGGUGGAGACAUGCAGUUGGUUGAUGCUGAUAUGAUGGAAGAAGAAGAAGAGGAAGAUGAUGAUAGCAUCUAUCAAGAACCAACGAUCCUUCAAAACGACAUGGCACUGGUCAGCUAUGACAACACCACACAGACCGGUGUGGAAACAUCCAUGCAAACAGUAGAACGCGACAACACUCAAGAAACUCAAACGCGGCGUGCCAACACCGUCGAGGCACUAACAGACCCAUGGCAGGCAGAGAUCUCCAUGCAGACCGAACCUCCUCCAAUCACCUCGAGCACUCAGACUGUCGCUCCUCCUCCAGAAAUGAGCACACAAACUCUUCCCCCACCCCCUGAGAUAUCAACUCAAACGGUCGCCCCCUGUCCGGAAAUCAGCACGCAGACCCCCGCCGUGGGGCCGGCCAUGUCCACCCAAACCCUCCCUGAAAUGAGCACACAAACAAUACCAGCAGCAAUCAGCACACAAACGGAUGAACCGCCUCUGGAGAUCUCCACCCAGAUAACCCCCGACCCCACCCCUUCUCCUUCGGAAGAAGAGGAGGAGGAACUGGACGAUUAUGAUCACUUGCGGCAUGGUCCACGAUUAAAAUCAGGAAAGAGAACUGUAUAUGAAAUGGCCAUUCAUACUGGUAAUAGACUGGGUGCAAGCACAAGAGCCGAUGUGCAUAUUAUACUUUAUGGAGAGAAGGGCAACACAGGAAAGAUCAAACUUAAACAAACAAAGGAAACUAAGGAUGGGAAGAAGAUGAAGUUCCAGAAAGGACAGAUUGAUGUCUUCAAGGUAGAAUCCUUUUAUGUAGGAAAGUUGGAGUGUAUAACCAUUGGUCACGACAGGAGAGAAUUAGGUUGCGGUUGGUUCUUGGAUAAGUUAAUGAUCAGGGAGUAUGGUGAUGAUAUCAGCUAUGAGUUCGUAGUGGAGAGAUGGCUCUCAGCUCAAGAUGAAGAUGGAAGGACAGUCAGAACACUACCGGUCACCAACAUCAUCAUGGAUGUGUCAUCCAGUGGAUCAGACAGUGAAGGCACAGACUAUGUAGAACGUAGCGCCGACAGCAGCGUCUACACUGACACUGAUCCUCAUUUAAGCCAGAUUACGGAGACAGACAGUCAUUUCAUCAGUGAUGGUGGUUCUUCAAGAUCAGGCCGCAGGAGGCGGCACCGUAGGAGACGUGUCGUGUCAACCACAACUGCCACUGAAACGGACAGUGACUCUGAUGUCAGUGACACAGAGAGAAGUCAUGGUGAUCGCACGACAGAUCACACAUACAGCAGUGGGAGUGGUAGUAGCAGUGAUGACAGUGGAAGCAGUAGCGGUAGCGAAACGGAGGGUGGGGAUCAGAGCAGCAGGGGACGGGGAGGUAAAGGUGAUGGGGAUAGUGACCAUGGAGGUAGAGGAGGUCAAAGGGGGUACUUCAGGGGUGGGGAAGUGGAAGAGCCGCAACACUCAGAGCCAUUACCGACAGAUGUGAGAGAUGCAUCAGUGUUGAUACCCAAGCAAUCAACACCAAUCAACUCGAGGCAUCCAUCGCCUCAUCCUCCAUCAUCCAGCGAUGAGAAGAAGGGACCUGAUGUCUACAUGAGUGGAUACCUGGCUGGCAUCAAGGCAAAGGAAGAGGCAGACAGGAAAAAGAAAGAGCAAGAAGAAGAGGAAGAAGAAAGGAAAAGGCAAGAAGAGGAGAGGUUAUUGUCUGGUCCAUCUAUCCAUGAAUGCUGUAAGAAAGGAGACCUGGAUCGAGUGAAGGCUCUCAUCAAACUCAAACCUGAACUCAAAGAUACUCCCGACGAAAGGGGAUGGACACCGCUUCAUUGUUCAACAAGCUCUGGUAAUGUUGACAUCGUCAAGUGGCUCAUUGUCAGUGAUGUCAACGUCAACAUGCUCACCCCUACAGGCUACAAUGGAAUGCACCAGGCUGCUAUGAAUGGCCAUGUAAACAUCAUGAUGGUACUGGCCGCUAUGGGGGUGGAAAUCAACUGUAAGACAGUGGAUCAGCAGACGCCCCUCCACCUAGCUGCUAUGAGUGGUCACAUAGAUUCCUGUCGGUGGUUGGUAGCAAAUAAAGCCUGUGAGGACUGUGAAGAUAUCAUGGGUAGGUCUGCACUAGACCUGGCCUCAGACUACCAACACUCUGAUGUUGAGAAGUUCCUUACAUCUUGUAGGAAAGAGCUCAAGCAAGAAGACAGUUCACUCUCUCAACUCAGAAGCCAGUCACCGACUAGAUCUCCAAGUCAAGCUGUGACUAAUGAAACUCUAUCAGAAGAGGAUGCUGGUGCUGCAGGUGGAUCAGAUAGCAAUAGACCAGUCACCCCAAAACAAUCAGAAAAGAAUACUCUCAUGGCGAGGCAGAAAUCUUUCCACGAGCAGCAGAACAAGAUGUCGACAUCGGGAAUGAGUUUUCUUGACAGCAUCCGAGCAGAAUAUGAAGAUAAAAAUCAAGAACAGGCUGCUUUCUAAGCAAAAUCAUUACUUUAUGGUAAACUCACGAAUCGGAAGCAAAAGCCAGGCUGCCUUAAGCUAUGGUUUAUAGAUGCAUGCAAAAGGGACUUCAAAGGCUUGUGGACAGACCCAAGCUUUCUGGAGACUCUAGCAGAUGAUAGGGAAGCAUGGAGAAAAGAUCAACAAGGCAUUACCAUUGUGUAGAGGAGAGUAGAAAGAACAGACCUAUAAGAUGUAUUACUAAUAUUAUUACCAGAAAGAAUAUGAAUUCCUUUAGUUGAUUCAGGAGAAAUUCUCAAAUGAAUGUAGAUUAGAAUGAUGUAGGUCAAAGUUUGAAUUAUUCACAUCCAUGUACCUACAAUGAGCAGUAAUAUAUGUACUUUCAUAUGAUAUUUCAUGGUAUUGAAAUAAUCCAACAAAAUAGAAAGGAAGAGAAAAUACUUCAAUGUCAUAUAUUUUUGACAUAGAAAAUAAAGAUAUAUUUG